AUGAGGACCCCUUCUCUUGCGCGGUUGCCGUACCGUGCGGUGUCUGGUUUGACCAGAACUUCCCGACUCCCGUCUCAGACCCUUCUGCAUUCACGAUGGGCAUCCACAGCCGCGAAGCGGCCUUCCGGUGUCGCGCCGGCUUAUCAGUCGAUCAUGAGGCAAUGGGAACAGCGACGUAAUGCUGCCAGUGCGACUGCAUCUGCAGUUCUCGAGGCCGCCGCCGCCAGCCCGGAGACCCUGUCGCAAGCCGCCAUUAUCGACAAUCUCGACCCUGUCGAGGCUGCUCGUUUGGACAAAGUUCGCAACAUUGGUAUCGCGGCCCACAUUGACAGUGGUAAAACCACCUGUACCGAGCGUGUCCUUUUCUACACUGGUCGUAUCAAGGCUAUCCACGAGGUUCGUGGACGUGACAGUGUUGGCGCCAAGAUGGACUCGAUGGAUCUGGAGCGUGAGAAGGGUAUCACCAUCCAGUCUGCUGCUACCUUCUGUGACUGGGUCAAGAAGGACAAGGACGGCGUUGACCAGAAGUACCACGUCAACUUGAUUGACACCCCCGGUCACAUUGAUUUUACCAUUGAGGUCGAGAGAGCGCUGCGCGUUCUGGACGGUGCUGUCAUGAUUCUAUGUGCCGUGUCUGGUGUCCAGUCCCAGACCAUCACUGUCGAUCGUCAGAUGCGUCGUUACAAUGUUCCCCGUAUUUCUUUCGUUAACAAGAUGGACCGCAUGGGCGCAAACCCUUUCAAAGCCAUCGACCAGAUCAAUUCCAAGCUCAAGAUGCCCGCUGCUGCAGUUCAGGUCCCCAUCGGUGCGGAAGACGAGUUCGAGGGUGUUGUUGAUCUCAUUCGCAUGAAGGCUAUUUACAACAAGGGCCCCAGUGGUGAAGAGAUCAUGGAGACUGACGAGAUCCCCGACAAGGUCAAGGAUAUCGUUCAGGAGCGGCGAAGCAUGCUUAUUGAGACUCUUGCCGACGUCGAUGAUGAGAUUGCCGAGCUAUUCUUGGAUGAGCUUGAGCCAACUGCGGACCAGUUGAAGGCUGCGAUCCGUCGCGCUACCGUCAGCCUGAAGUUCACUCCUGUUUUCAUGGGCUCUGCUCUUGCGAACAAGUCUGUUCAGCCCAUGCUGGACGGUGUCAUCGAUUAUCUGCCUAACCCUUCCGAGGUCGAGAACCUUGCGCUCGAUCAGAAGCGCAACGAGGCGUCUGUGAAGCUGGUCCCUUACAACUCUCUUCCCUUCGUCGGUCUUGCUUUCAAGCUGGAGGAGAGCAACUUCGGCCAGUUGACCUACAUUCGUGUGUACCAGGGUACCCUUCGCAAGGGUGCUAACGUGUUCAACGCCCGUAACGACAAGAAGGUCAAGGUUCCACGUAUUGUGCGCAUGCACUCCAAUGAGAUGGAGGAGGUCAACGAAAUUGGUGCUGGUGAGAUCUGCGCCGUGUUCGGUGUUGACUGUGCCUCUGGUGACACCUUCACCGACGGCCAGCUCGGCUACAGCAUGUCUUCCAUGUUCGUCCCUGAGCCUGUCAUCUCGCUCUCCAUCAAGCCUAAGCAGACCAAGGAUGCCGCCAACUUUUCCAAGGCCAUGGCCCGUUUCCAGCGUGAAGACCCCACUUUCCGCGUGACCUACGAUAACGAAAGUGAGCAGACCAUUAUUUCCGGUAUGGGUGAGCUGCACCUUGACAUCUAUGUCGAGCGUAUGCGCCGCGAAUACCGUGUUGACUGCGAGACUGGCCAACCUCAGGUCGCCUACCGGGAAACUAUUGGUAACCGCGUUGAGUUCGAUCAUCUGCUCAAGAAGCAGACCGGUGGUGCUGGUGACUAUGCCCGUGUCAUGGGUUGGAUGGAGCCUACUGGCGCUCUCGAGGACAACAAGUUCGAACAGCAGAUUGUCGGUGGCAGUAUCUCGGAGAAGUUCUUGUAUGCUUGUGAGAAGGGUUUCAACAUCUCUUGCGAGAAGGGCCCCCUGAUCGGCCACAAGGUGCUCGGCACCAGCAUGGUUAUCAACGAUGGUGCUACCCACAUGACUGAUUCCUCUGAAAUGGCUUUCAAGAUCGCCACCCAGCAGGCCUACCGCAAGGCUUUCCUUGACAGCCAGCCUUCUGUGCUUGAGCCCCUGAUGAAGACUGUCGUCACUGCCCCCAGUGAGUUCCAGGGUGAUGUUAUCGCUCUGCUGAACAAGCGUGGUGCUACUAUCAACGACACUGAGACUGGUGUCGACGAGUUUACCAUUUAUGCCGACUGCAGUUUGAACGGCAUGUUCGGCUUCAGCACCAACCUCCGCGCUGCCACUCAGGGCAAGGGUGAAUACACCAUGGAGUUCAGCCACUACGAGCGGGCUCCUCCCCAUGUCCAGAAGGAGCUCAUUGCCAAGUACCAGAAAGCCCAGUCUGAGCGCAACAAGAAAUAA